AUAACAGAAAAAUGACAAGCAUUGCCGCUACUGGAAUAGUUCUUGAACCACUAACAAAAGACAACUACGAUAACUGGAGCUGUCUGGUGAGAAACUAUCUAGUUGGACAUGGUCUAUGGGGAGUUGUUACUUCAGUUUCAAAAAUGGGCGUGGAAUCUAAAGAAGCGGCUGAGACAUGGAACAUGAUGAAUGCUAAAGCUUUGCAUAUUAUUCAACUAGCAUGUGGAUCAGAGAAUCUUACUCAUAUUAGAAAUCUUCAAUCAGCCAAAGAAGCUUGGAAUAAACUGGGUGCAUCCUAUGGUUCAGAAUUGAAAGCCGACUCAGAUAUUGAGCAAGGUGUGGUAGAUGAUAGUCUCCUUCACUAUAGAUCACUCCAUAGGUUCAUUGAAAGUGGUGAAUGGAAUGAUGCAAAAGCAUUCAUGAAUAAGGAUGAAACUGCUAUGUUUUCGACGUCAUCUUCGGGAAGAACUAUUCUUCACGUUGCAGUGAUUGCUGGACACGAGAAAAUCGUGAAGAAGUUGGUGAAGGAAGGAAAAGACAAGUUAAUGAAAAUGAAAGAGAAUCGCGGUUACACAGCCCUGGCUCUUGUUGCUGAGUUGACUGGAAACACCGAAAUAGCAAAAUGUAUGGUAGAGAAAAAAGGACAGGUUAUUGGACAAGACCUGUUAUCUAUGAAGACGAAUGAUGGAGAAAUUCCGGUUCUUCUCGCAGCUGCUAAGGGGCACAAAGAAAUGACUAGCUAUCUUUAUGCCAGAACCCGGUUGGAAGACUUGGCUGAUAAAAACUCUCACAACGGUGUUUUGCUUCUUACGCGUUGCAUCAAUGCAGAAAUAUUUGGUGUGGCUUUGAGUUUACUCCAACGAUUUCCGCAGCUUCCACUUGCUCAUAAAUCUGAAUCAGAUGGUGUGCAGCCCUUGUAUGCAUUGGCGCGUAUGUCUUCUGUGUUCCCAAGUGGGAGCAGAUAUGGAUUCAUUCGGCGAUUCCUAUACAGAAUUUUGAGAUUACCAGAAAGAAAAGUGCAAAACUUAUAUGGGAUAACUGUGAUUGUAACAAAGGUAGAGGAAAAACAACUCAAAACAUAUUUCUCAGGAAGGAUCUUUCGAUGGAUGUGGAACAUUUUGCGAAUUUCGAAAGUACAGCUCUUAGGUCGAAUACUUAUACAUGUUCACUUGUCAUUUCAGAAUUUAGUAAUAUCAAACCUGUCUGGAAUUAGAGAGAUAUAUAAUCAGAAAAUGACUCACCGUCUAGUGCUUGAAAUAUUGAACUGCUUAUACCAAAGAAUUCAAGAAUCUAAGGAAUCAGAACUGCGAGAAGCUUCCGCAUACGAUGCAAUGUUGCAAGCAGCUAAACAUGGAAAUAUUGAGUUCAUAGAUGCAAUGAGGAAAGCUAAUCCUGACCUCUUAUGGGCCAUUGAUAAAAAUAAAAGAGGCAUAUUUUCACACGCAGUUUUGAACCGUAGAAAAGCUGUCUUCCAACUCAUACAUGACGCAACUGUAAAUGGACGAAAGGAGAUUGUUAGAUGUCGCGUAGAUGCAUUUAAUAAUUCGCUGCUACACCUGGCUGGAAAUUUAGGGCCUUCCUCUGACCUUCAUCGCAGAUCCGGUCCUGCUCUCCAAAUGCAAAGAGAAAUUUUAUGGUUUAAGGCCGUGGAAAAAAUUGUGCACCCCAAGUGUAAAGAAGCCAAAAAUGUAGAAGACAAAAAACCUCGCGAGAUAUUUACAGAAAGCCACAAGGAACUUGUAAAAGCCGGAGAAAAAUGGGCAAAAGACACAGCAGGUUCAUUUACACUUGUAGCUACACUCAUAACAACCAUAAUGUUUGCUGCAGCUUUCACUGUCCCUGGUGGAAACAAUCAAGACAGUGGAGUUCCACUCUUUUUACAUGACUACACAUUCAAUAUAUUCAUCAUAGCAGAUGCAAUAUCUCUUUUCACUUCUUCAACUUCAGUACUUCUCUUCAUUGGAAUCCUCACGGCUCGUUAUGCGGAAAAGGAUUUCUUGAAGUCCUUGCCGCUCAAGUUACUUUUUGGCCUCAUCGCGCUUUUCUUCUCUGUUGUGUCCAUGAUGGUUGCUUUCUGUGCUUCUCUUGCUAUGCUGUUAAAGGGACAUCAGGGAGUUAUAAUAACAGCUAUGUCAUUUGCUAGUAUUCCGGUUAUUGUUCUUGUUCCUUCGCAGUUGAGACUCUUCAUCGAGAUUUUCAAGUCAACAGUAUUAUCCAAUUGAAACUUCUAUUAUGCAUUUCUAUCUUCAUAUAUGUAUAUGAUAGCAUUCAAGAGCUAAUUAACUCUCUAUAGUUCUGUUGUUGGAGUUCAGUUAAUGUGCUUUAGAAUU